AUGGCCAACGAGAAGAACAACCAAGUCCUCAGCUACGAAGCCGGCAAAAUCAAAGCCGAAGCAGCUUUUGUCGCUGAGAUCCUUAUAACCGCUCGUGUCGGACUCCAGGAUGUUUGGCACAGCCAGUAUCAAGGCUCCCAAGUCAUGGGCCAGCGUCCAGGAAUGUACAUAAAGUAUCUGCCGACAAAGUACCAUCCGAUCAAUGGCAACAUGCUCGCCGGCGGAUCUUAUCUUUUCGAUACUAUGGAGAACGCCAAGAAGUAUGAAGAUUGGACCACCAACGAUUUCAAAGUCGGCGAUCCGGAAACCACCUAUUGGAAGCAACCUCUGUUCACAUCCGUCGACUCAUGGACCUGGAAAGUCAUCGGUGCUCAUAACUUCACACCUGUGGAGGAUCAUGCUAUAGGCCGCUGGCAGCGGUGGUCUUACCACCAUGUGGGCGUCGGAGAUAUUCUGACACAGCUGUAUCCGGUUCUGAAAGAUGCAGCUGAGAACAGAGGAGCUGGAUCAUUCUGGCUACUGCACCGACCCGAAGAUAAGAUGAUUGGGGUCCAAAUGAGUUUCCCUAAGCCGGAGGAGAGCGGGGAUGAAGCUCUUCUCGAGGAGGUUGAAGCUGUUGCUGGGGAGAAGUCUGUGGCGGAUGUUUUCCCUGAUGCUCUUGAGGCAGAAGUUCUUAUGGACUCGACGUGUGUGUAUUUUGCAGUUUGGAAGCCGAUGGAGGAGAACGCGAAUGGUGUCACGGUCGCGAGUCCUAACUUUCCUCAUCUUGCCGGCGAGAAGGCUUAG